AUGCAAUCCGAGAAGAAGCGCCCUCUCAUCACCGCCGAGACCAAGGCCAAGCGGGUCGCGGACGCCGAUGGAAAGCGAGAUGCCGCCUACACUCGACGCAUUUCCCUCGUCAACGCGCUGUUCGACACCCCGCACAAGGAUGCCAGAGGUACGGUGACGCUCCUCUGCCGAGCACCACCCGACAUCUACGAAUGGCAGGAAGAGCUCGACAGCUACGACGGCGAGGAAGGCAGCGUCCAGGCCUUUAUUGACGGACUGCCUGCCGAUGACCGCUUCACGGUCGUGUCGUCCACGUUCAACCCCCACACAAUUGUGGAGAUGCUGGCGACCAGGCGUUCGCACUUUAGCGCCUUCACGUUCGCGCCGCGCCACAUGCAGUUGGUGCUUGUCGAUCGCGAGAACGACGAGUGCCUGUACAGCAUAACGCACGGUCCCGAGCGGGAGCUGGAAUACGAUCCCGCCGGCGUUUCGUCGUCAUCGCUGAUCGCACGAAUCCACGAGGAGGUGAACCCGAGACGCCGCGACGACCUGUGCCUCGUCGCCAUCGAGCACGGGGACGACUCGAUGAGGCCCGAACCUCGCGUGUGGUUGGAGUUCCCGGACAUCCACCGAGACGAGAUGCCGCCACGGAUGCUCUGGGCCAUUGCCUCGGCGAUGCUCGACUGCAGUUUCUUCGUCAUGACCGGAGAGGGCGCGUGCCAAAGACUCAACCUUCCGGGCAUCAAGCCCAAGCCCACCCCAACCAAACUGUGUGCCCACAUUAGCGCCCUCAAUCUCCAAUCGCGUGGCUACUUGCCCCGCGCCAAGUUGUACAUGCGCGUCAAGGGCUUUUCAGCGGAAUAUUAA